AUGGAGUUUCGAAGCAGUAGCAGAAUAUCGGAAUCUUCCGGAUCCGUGAUCGCCUUAAUUCUUCUGCUUUUCAUUCAUGCCGCUCACUCUUUCUAUCUCCCAGGUGUUGCUCCUCAGGAUUUCGAAAAGGGCGAUGAGCUGAAAGUGAAAGUGAAUAAAUUAACCUCCAUAAAGACUCAGCUUCCAUACUCGUAUUACUCCCUUCCUUUUUGUCGCCCUAAGAAGAUAGUGGACAGUACGGAGAAUCUUGGAGAAGUGCUUCGAGGUGACCGGAUAGAAAAUGCCCCAUAUACGUUUAAAAUGCGGGAGGCACAAAUGUGCAAUAUUCUCUGCCGGGUUGUUCUUGAUGACAAGACAGCCAAAGCGUUCAAAGAAAAGAUCGAUGAUGAAUACCGGGUCAACAUGAUCCUUGACAACCUUCCUCUUGUGGUUCCAAUCGAAAGAGUCGAUCAGGGUUCUGCCUCUAUUAUUUAUCAGCUCGGCUAUCAUGUAGGUCUUAAAGGCCAGUAUGAGGGGAGCAAAGAACAGAAGUUCUUUAUGCACAAUCACUUGGCAUUUACAGUCCGGUAUCACAGAGAUAUGCAAACCGAUGCUGCAAGAAUCGUGGGAUUUGAGGUCAAACCUUACAGUGUUAAGCAUGAAUAUGAGGGAGAGUGGAGUGAGAAGACCCGUCUGACGACCUGUGAUCCUCAUACAAAACGCCUGGUCGUUAGCUCGGCUACCCCUCAAGAAGUUGAACAAAAGAAGGAGAUUAUCUUCACAUACGAUGUAAAUUUCCAGGAAAGUGAAGUGAAGUGGGCAUCUAGAUGGGAUGCUUAUCUUCUGAUGAGUGAUAACCAAAUUCACUGGUUCUCUAUUGUCAAUUCUCUGAUGAUCGUCCUGUUCCUGUCUGGUAUGGUGGCGAUGAUAAUGCUGAGGACUCUUUACCGUGACAUUUCGCGAUACAACGAGCUGGAGACUCAAGAAGAAGCUCAAGAAGAGACAGGAUGGAAGCUUGUCCAUGGUGAUGUUUUCAGGCUUCCGACUAAUUCAGAUCUGCUCUGUGUCUACGUUGGUACAGGGGUCCAGUGUUUAGGCAUGGUACUUGUCACAAUGAUCUUCGCCAUGCUCGGAUUUCUUUCCCCUUCCAAUCGGGGUGGUCUGAUGACGGCAAUGCUCCUGCUCUGGGUCUUCAUGGGGCUAUUUGCUGGUUACGCCUCUUCUCGUCUUUACAAAAUGUUUAAAGGAACAGAGUGGAAGAGAAUCGCCUUCAGAACAGCCUUCUUGUUCCCUGCUGUUGUCUCAGCUAUCUUCUUUGUCCUAAACGCUCUCAUCUGGGGACAGAAGUCAUCCGGGGCUGUUCCCUUUGGCACAAUGUUUGCCUUGAUCUUCCUCUGGUUCGGCAUCUCGGUUCCUCUUGUCUUUGUCGGUGGUUACAUCGGUUUCAAGAAACCAGCUGUUGAUGACCCAGUGAAAACCAACAAAAUUCCGAGGCAGAUCCCAGAGCAAGCUUGGUACAUGAACCCGGUUUUCUCAAUCCUAAUCGGAGGAAUCUUACCGUUUGGUGCAGUGUUCAUUGAGCUAUUCUUCAUCCUCACAUCCAUCUGGCUCAACCAGUUCUACUACAUCUUCGGGUUCCUCUUCCUCGUCUUUGUAAUCCUCAUUGUUACGUGCGCGGAGAUAACCAUAGUACUCUGCUACUUCCAGCUUUGCAGCGAGGACUACCUUUGGUGGUGGAGAUCUUACCUCACGUCAGGCUCAUCAGCUCUCUAUCUCUUCCUCUACGCAACGUUCUACUUCUUCACAAAGCUUCAGAUCACCAAACUGGUCUCGGCGAUGCUUUACUUUGGGUACAUGCUCAUCGCUUCUUACGCAUUUUUUGUGCUCACGGGAACAAUUGGGUUCUAUGCUUGUCUCUGGUUCACACGGCUCAUCUAUUCCUCGGUUAAGAUCGAUUAG